AUUUGCGCAAUGUUUUGACCCCAAUUGCGGGACAUUGACGUGGCAUGUAAAACGAAGGAACUUCCACGUCCGCCAUUUUACGUUGUAACUGAUUGACCGACCCAUCAAAUACCAUAGUCGAGAGACACAGUUAACCAGCCACUAUGGGGAAUCUAUUCACUAACCUUUUCAAAGGUUUAUUUGGUAAAAAAGAAAUGAGAAUCUUGAUGGUUGGGCUUGAUGCUGCAGGAAAGACAACUAUAUUGUACAAACUGAAGCUCGGAGAAAUCGUUACAACCAUUCCAACAAUAGGUUUCAAUGUAGAAACAGUAGAAUACAAAAACAUAAGCUUUACAGUGUGGGAUGUUGGUGGUCAGGACAAGAUCAGACCACUGUGGAGACAUUAUUUCCAGAACACACAAGGUUUAAUCUUUGUCGUAGACAGCAAUGAUCGAGAAAGAGUAGGUGAAGCUCGAGAAGAGCUUAAUAGAAUGCUGGCAGAAGAUGAGCUGAGGGAUGCUGUGCUGCUAGUAUUUGCCAACAAACAGGAUUUACCCAAUGCAAUGAAUGCAGCAGAAAUAACAGACAAGCUUGGACUCCAUUCCAUGAGAAAUCGUAAGUGGUACAUACAGGCCACAUGUGCUACCAGCGGAGACGGGCUUUACGAGGGACUGGACUGGCUAUCCACUGAACUUAAAAACCAAAAACUGGCCACAAUGUCGUCUGUAUUAGAUAACCUUUUCAAGGAUUUAUUUGAAAACGAGGAAGUGAAAAUCUUGAUGGUUGGGCUUGGCGCUGCAGGAAAGACCACUACAUUGCACAAACUGCAGCUUCGGGAGAUUGUCACAACCACUCCAACAGCAGGUUUCAAUAUAGAAACAGUAGAAUACAAAAACAUAAGCUUUACAGUGUGGGAUGUUGGUGGUCAGGACAAGAUCAGACAUCUGUGGAGACAAUAUUUCCAGAACAUGAAGGGUAUAAUCUUUGUUGUAGACAGCAAUGAUAGAGAAAGGGUAGGUGAAGCCCGAGAUGAGCUCAAUAGAAUGCUGGCAGAAGAUGAACUGAGGGAUGCUGUGCUGCUAGUGUUUGCUAACAAACAGGAUUUACCAAAUGCAAUGAAUGCUGCUGAAGUAACAGAAAAACUUGGACUGUACAAUAUCAGAAAUCGUGUUUGGUACAUCCAAGCAACAUGUGCUAUCAGCGGAGAUGGGCUUUACGAAGGAUUGGACUGGUUAUCAAAUGAGCUUAAAAAGAAAAUAUAAAUAUUUGAAAUGACAGACAUUUUGCCAUUCAGUAAAACAAUUAUCGUCAUUGUGACUUUGAAGGAGAACUUUGUACAUUUAGGUGACAUUACAGCACAUAAUUGAAAUAUCUUCUUUAAUGGCGGGUGUUUCCUAAGUUCUUUUGAGCAGUGCAUAUCCUAAAAUAUUUGCUGAAUAUAUGUAUCGAAAUGUAAAUCCAUUGGACUUUGCUAAAAACUACAUUUAUUUUGUCAAUAUUUAAAGGUGAUCAUAAGAGUUAUGCCAGUUUCUUUUCAGUCAGAUUUCUUGUGGCACUAUAUUCCUUUGAUUUGAUAAUUACAGUAUGAAUAUCAAUACACAAACUUCUAAUGAUGAAAUGCCGCUCUGGUUUUUAUCGUUUCAAUAAAACUUGUCGAGUCAUCAAUAUUAUUUUGAUUUGAACGUAUGGAAAAUCCUUGUAUUGAUUUA